AUGGUUUUCCGUCUCCCCGGGCGCCCGCCCUCCUCGCAACGCGCAGCAGAGUCCCAACCCGUCAUAUCAGACACCACGCACUUGGUCUCCUCGUCUCGCCCGGCCCGUUCGGCCGACUUCGACCGCGCCCACCUCAGAUGGUCACGCCUCGCCCAGCAACCCCGCGCAGGCCUCGGCCUCGCGCUUGCUGAAGGAAGUACAGCCGCCCCUCCGCAUGGAAGCACCUCUUCCACAGGGAUCUUCGCCGUCAAGCAAGAUGACAAGGACUAUGAUCAUCAGCAACAUCAUGAUUGUAGUGCACAGGUUCCCCAGUGUUGGGUUCGCACGACGAGCACGUUUACAAACUCUGAUAGUGCUGGCAGCAUCCAAAGCGGAAAUCCAAGCCCUCCUUUUCCUACCCUUCCCAGCGGCAAACCGGUUUCAACAGCAUCCACACCACUCGGGGGCCCAGUUCCUUUCCAAUCUCCGCCGAGUCCGGCGCAGAGCCGACCUUCCCUGAGUGAUUAUGGAAGCAGUCCGAACACCAGACUGAGCUCGCAUCGCUGGGACUACACUGAGUUGACCGCUCUCAAGCAACGCUUCAACUUGCUCGAUGCCGAGGGCAAGGGUUGGUUAUCGCGCGCACAGUUUUUCGACCUUUUUUCGUCUAUAGUCGAUGAUACUGUCGAUGAUAGUACCGACCAUUCCUCGCUAUUCAACUUUGCCUACUCUCUUUUCUACUCGUCUGGCGAGAUGCUCAAUCUUAAGGAGUUUGUUGCCGGCAUGACUAUUCUCAGCAAGGGGAGCGAGGAGGAGCGCUUGAGAUAUCUCUUCCUUAUGUAUGACGCUGACGGUUCAGGCUACCUAAAUCGUGAGGAGAUUAGACAAGUUUUUCGCAUCAUGAGCAGCUUUGCAAAGAGCCAAGAUUUCAAGGCUUCCGACUCUAUGGAGGGGAAAUCCCUCGCCCGUCUACGACGUGGUAACAAAGAGAUUGUUGAGGAAAUGGCUAAUAAAGCCCUUGCUCAACACGAUCAAGACGGUGAUGGCCAAAUCGGGUUUACAGACUUUUCAAAGUGGUGCUCGCAAGAUCCUGUUGUGAAGACAUGGCUUGACAUGCUUUGCCAUGGAACAGCUCGUGGUGUUGCUCGAUUACGGAACGAGCGUGAGCAGGCUCUUCUCGCUCAAGAACUAAGCCUUUUGGGAUUUGCUGACAAGGCCUUUUGGAGAGACAGCUUCGCUCUCAACGCUUCUUCGCAAGCUAGUUCUUCAGUUCUACCUCCGACCAUCUCCAGUGACCUCUUCAAUAUCCCGAGCAGCAGCGCGAAGUCGGACAAUGAAUCCGGAGAGAUCGAUUCCGUGCCGUCCAAUAAUCUCAAUAUCUCGCAGUCGUCCGAGGACAGUGACACGUCGUCUUCUUGCGACGGCUCAUCUAUACGAACACCAAGACACAGUCGCUCACUGACGCUCAACGCGAUUGGAACUUUUGAAAUUGACUUUCGUCAUCUAGAUUUUGAGAAGGAAAUCGGCAGUGGCUCGUUUGCGACGGUUUGGAAAUGCAGAUGGCUAGAUUCUCCAGUUGCUGUUAAGGUUUUCCGGUGGGGUCCAAAGCUGCUGUUGGAUUCUUCGGGUAAGCCGGUAGAUAUGAAGGAAAUCGCCGGUGAUUCUAGUGUAGAUAGGAUGUCCCGUUAUCAGGUAGAUGGCGAGAGUUUUGAACCGGAGUUUGACAGUGUGAUGGGCCAUAGUCAAUACCAUGAAGGUGAAGAUGAUGCUAUCGCUGAGAUGGCAAACCACCGCGCACGUUUUCUACAAGAGGUAUCUCUUUUGAAAUCAAUACGGCAUCCAAACUUGUUGUUGUACAUGGGUGCCUGUGUUGAUCCACGGUAUCCUCUCUGCAUUGUAAGCGAGUUGAUCGAAGGUGGGAGUCUGUUUGACUGUCUACAUGGUCCUGAGAAGAUUUCCUUGAAUCUUAGACAAAAAGUGAUGCUCAUUCAGAACAUUGCACGGGGUAUGUUGUAUCUUCAUGGGAGAGUUCCAGUGGUACUGCAUCGAGAUUUGAAGUCUGCAAACAUUUUGAUAUCAAUGCAAAAUGACGGCAACUACAAGGCAACGAUUAUCGACUUUGGGCUGUCCAAGUUAAACACUACGCAAGCUUCGCUAGUUCCGGGGCAGGAGCGCGGUAUGACAGGAUCACUGGUGACGAUGGCGCCCGAGGUAAUGAACGCACAAAAGUAUCAGAUGGGGUCGGACGUGUACAGUUUCGCUAUUGUGAGCUGGGAAAUUUGCUGCGGACGAAUACCAUUUGGGCGAAUGCCACACGUGACGCAGUUGUUGAUGAAGGUGGCUGUGCGCGGAGAACGACCACGGUUUCUGAAAGAGGACAACAUUCCCAGUGCAGUGCAGGCACUGAUACGAGAAUGCUGGGACCAGGACGUUUCGAAUCGACCCGAUUUCCUGGCGAUCGCCAAUUCUCUAAAUCUCAUCAAGCGGGACCUCGGCAUGAGCGACGGUGAGUAGGUGUGAACAAGUGUUAGGAUUGGAAAAUAGGCCUCCAGAAUGAUAGCUGCGUUAGAUGGAACUGCGGUCGGGUUUGGUGAUGUCCAGUAGCGAGAUGGUACUGCUUGCUUAAUUUGUAUAGGUAGAAACGCAAGCACCAUGGGAAGGUAUGUAUUGUAUUGUUAUGCAGUGUUAAUGGUGAAGGGAUCAGUGCAAAUAUGCAAUGUUGACUUCGCAUGUGAUCCUUGUAAUCAUCGUCGAAAUUGAUUAUGAUCAGACAACGCGAAGAGUCGUUUAAGGAGAAACGGAUGUCAGUAUUUUUAGUUUCUUAUC